AUGAAAAGAGGAUUAGAAGAAGAAAUUGAAGAAAUGUCAGAAGAGGAAGUUGGAGUAAAUAAUAAUAAUAAUGGAAAGAAAAAAAAGAAGAAAGUUGUAAAAAAGAGUAAACCAGUUCCAUUAACUAAAUCAGUACCCCAAGUAUCAAGUCAACCAUUAAGACCAACCAAAUUAGUACCAAAAAAGAAAACUGAAAUUCGUGAAAUCAAUAUCAACGAUAUUGGUAGUAAUGAAUUAUCAGUUGCAGAUCAACGUGUUGAAGCUGAUGGUGUUUUAGCAGGUCUAAUUUCACCAACUAUCAUUGAAGAUUUCUAUGACCAAUACUUUGGUCAAAAACAUCUAUACGUUAAAAGAAAUGGGGACAACAUUUAUAAAAACUUUUUCACUAAAGAUUCUUUAGAUAAAAUGUUGAGAAAUAAUUUAAUGAAAUUCACAGAAAAUGUUGAUGUCACAAAUUAUGUCGAUUUCCAAAGAAUUACUUUAAAUCCAGAAGGUAGAGCUUAUCCAUCAUUAGUUUGGAAACAUUAUAAAGAAGGUUGUUCAGUUAGAUUAUUAAAUCCACAAACAUUUAAUUCAAAUGUUUGGAAAUUAUGUAGUACAUUACAAACUCAUUUUCAAUGUGGAGUUGGUGCAAAUAUUUAUUUAACACCAGCAGGAGCACAAGGAUUUGCACCACAUUAUGAUGAUGUUGAUGUAUUUAUUCUUCAAUUGGAGGGUAAAAAAGAAUGGAGAUUAUAUAAACCAAGAGAUGCAAAUGAAGUUUUACCAAAGAAAUCAAGUGAAAAUUUCACACAAGAAGAGAUUGGUGAACCAUAUUUCACAGUGACUUUAGAGGCAGGUGAUUUAUUAUACUUUCCAAGAGGUGUGAUUCAUCAAGCUGUAUCACCAUCGGAUGUACAUUCACUUCAUAUCACAGUUUCAACUUAUUUAAAUAAUACAUGGGGUGAUUUAAUUGGAAAGGUUUUGAAUAGAGCAUUGGAGAUUGCAAAUGAGGAAUGCUUAGAGUUUAGAGAAGGUUUACCAAGAGAUUAUACUCAAUACUUGGGUGUGAUUCAUAGUGAUAAAGUUGGUGAUGAGAGAAGAAAGGAGUUGACAGACAAGGUUGGAACACUUUGGGACAAGUUGGGCCAACUAUUACCAAUUGAUAUCGGUGCCGAUCAAAUGGCUGUUAAAUAUUUAUUAGAUUCUUUACCACCAGUUUUAACUCAAUUAGAAAAGAAACAUUCCAUUGAAGAUGAAACAACCUCAAUGAAAAUCAAACCUGAAACUAGAUUCCGUUUAAUUAGAGCCGACUCUGUCAGAUUGGUUGUCGAAGAUAUUGCCAUCCUCUUCCAUAAUGCCGAUAACACUCGUAUCUAUCAUCAAGUUGGCGAGGAACCAGGUGUCGUUGAAUUCACUCUUGAAUGUGUAGAUGCUUUAGAACAUAUCAUCGAUUCCUAUCCUUCCUAUAUCUAUACUAAAGAUUUACCAAUUGAAGAUGAUGAUCAAAAAUUAGAUGUAGUUUCAGCUUUAUAUGAAAAGGGUUUAAUUAUGUUUGAAAAAUAA